AUGGAGACACAGGCCAGCAAUGGUCCCGGCAGUGUGGGCAUUCUCAACGGCACAAAUGGGGCAGCGGACGACAGCAAAACCAAUUUGAUCGUCAACUAUCUUCCUCAGAACAUGACGCAAGAAGAGUUUAAGAGUCUUUUCGGGAGCAUCGGAGAAAUUGAGUCCUGUAAACUGGUCCGAGACAAAAUAACAGGUCAGAGCUUGGGAUACGGAUUUGUAAAUUAUGUGGAUCCUAAUGACGCAGAUAAAGCCAUAAACACCCUGAACGGACUGAAACUCCAGACAAAGACGAUCAAGGUAUCCUACGCCCGCCCGAGCUCAGCCUCCAUACGAGAUGCCAACCUAUACGUGAGCAGUCUGCCAAAAACCAUGAAUCAGAAAGAGAUGGAACAGCUCUUCUCUCAGUACGGCAGAAUUAUCACCUCACGUAUCCUGGUCGACCAGGUCACAGGGGUCUCUCGGGGAGUAGGCUUCAUCCGAUUCGAUAAGAGGAUAGAGGCCGAAGAGGCCAUCAAGGGGUUGAAUGGGCAAAAACCACUUGGUGCCAGUGAACCAAUUACAGUGAAAUUUGCCAACAACCCUAGUCAGAAGACAGGCCAAGCUCUGCUUACCCACCUUUACCAGACCACAGCCCGGAGGUACACAGGACCUCUGCACCACCAGACACAAAGAUUCAGGCUGGACUCUUUAAUAAACAUGGCGUAUGGAGUCAAGAGGUUCUCACCUAUAACCAUCGACAGUGUUACCAACCUUGCCGGAGUCAGCUUGACAGGUCCUACCUCUGCCGGUUGGUGCAUCUUCGUCUACAACCUAUCCCCAGAGGCUGACGAGAGCGUCCUGUGGCAGCUGUUUGGGCCAUUCGGUGCAGUGACAAAUGUCAAAGUUAUCCGGGACUUCACCACAAACAAGUGCAAAGGUUUCGGAUUCGUCACCAUGACAAACUACGAUGAGGCAGCCAUGGCAAUUGCCAGUCUGAACGGAUACCGGCUGGGGGAUAGGGUUCUUCAAGUUUCAUUCAAAACUAGUAAACAACACAAAGCAUGA